AUGUCUGACAGAACCGGCUCCACCAACAACAACAAUAACAACAACAAGAAAUCUGGAGGUAGUGGUGGUGCUCAGAUCACUGAAGCGCAAGCUAGCUUCAUCACCACCCCAAGGAACAUUAACCAGCUGAAUACCUGGGGCCAAUCUGCCAGGAACAGACGUCAGGGAAACAAAGAAGAAUCCGACAGCAAGGGACCAUCUGACUCUUCCAGAUAG